CUCCUCAGUCUGCCAGCUUCACGACGCACACGGCUGGGAAAGGCACGAGAUACAGCAAGCGAUGCCGCCGUUGUCGCGGGGCCGCCGCGCCGUCGAGGAUGCAGAGUACGACGAGGACAGGAACGAGAGCGAAAGCAGGAGCAGGAGCAGGAGCAGGAGCGGCCUGGGCGCCGACCCGCUGAGCAGAGGCAUCGAGCUCGCCCUCGUCCGUCCGCUCGUCUUUCUCCUCUUUGUGCUCCUCCACGCGCUGUAUGCGCUUGGCAUCCUCGUCGUGCGGGCCACUCGCGUCGUCCGGGCGCUCCUCUCGGUCGCGGCGACGACGAGCGACGACGCGCAGCCGACGGAUGGAGAGGCGCUGGCGCUGUGGAGGCUCGCUCGGCACCGAGAAGCUGCCGCUGCGCGAACCACGAAAGCGACAAAGGUCGGCGGCGGCGGCGGCGGCGGCGGUGGCGGCACCAAGAGGUGCGCGAUGGUGCCAAGGCACAUUGGCGUCAGCGUCGAGGCGCCCCCGGCGAUGCGGACGCGGAGCCUCGUGGCCAGGUAUGCCCUGGGGCUCCUUCUUGGCCGCGAGAUUGUCGUGGGCCCGCCUGAUCGAGAAAAAGAGAGCAGGAGGAGGGACGCGUUCUUGAAGGAGUCGGUCCAGGUCGCGAUUCGGUGCGCAGCAGUGGUGGGGACGGACGAGGUCAGUGUGUUUGACAAGGAGGGCCGCUUGCAAGAGAUGGCUCGCAGGGGAGAAUUGGACGAUGAAGCGAUUGCCAUUGGAGACGAGAGCGACGAGACGGAGGUCCGACUGCACUUUUGCUGGCCUGAAUACGAAAGAAGGGCAAGCGAGCUUGGAAACGGGCACGGGCAUGCCAACGGCAAGGCAGAACAGCAGGAGCGAACGGUGCGGGUCAACGUGCUCGGACCCCAAGACUCAAAGGAGGCGCUAGCAAGCGUCGCAACAAUUCUCGGCAAGCAGGACAAGAUCAAGGAGGAAAAAGCGCCCCUCAGCGUGAGGGCCAUCGACGAGAUUCUUCAAGCGCAUGGAUACCCAAGGGAGCCCGAUCUCCUCAUCCUCCACGGCGGACCCCGCUACGUGCGCUGCCUACACAGCUUCCCUCCGUGGCUUGUCCGGCUGUGUGAGAUCUCCUACGACGAGAGUGCCAGUCCCUACAAGCCACUGAGCGCAAAAUCAUUUGAGAUUGCGCUCCAGCGCUUCAACAUGGCGGAGCAGCGCUUUGGAAAGUGAUGGCUUCCUCUGUCCUAUCCUGUAGUAGUAGUAGUAUUACAUCGCAAAAGCUAGUCG